GUUGUUCUAUGUUAUUCUGGUACUAACUAGUUUGAGUAAAUGUGAAGCUCCAGUUCAAUUACUUGUAUUCAGAGUCUUUCUUAUUACAUAAAUAAGUACUAAGUGUUAAGACACUACAAUGGCGACGAGGAUGAUUACCUGCAGUGUGCAUCACGAAUACAGAUGGAGUUCGUAGGAAGAGAGGAAGAUUUUGACCCUGUAGCACAACAGCUAGCAAGCAGUGAAGACGAGGGGAGAGCUGACGAGAACGAGGCGGCAGAUCAAAGACCCGUGGAGCCAGAGGUAAAGAGAAUGGCUAGCAUCGGGAAAAUCGAUGUGUUUGAUGACACGCAAGAAAACUGGGAAACUUACAUUGAACGACUGGAACAGUACUUCAUUGCAAACGACAUUGCUGAUAACAAAAGAGUACCAGCGUUGUUGAGUUUAAUUGGCCCAAAAACAUACAGUUUGCUAAGAGAUCUGGCUGCCCCUCUGAAGCCCUCAAAUAAAACAUUCACAGAGAUUGUGGAGAUAUUGCAAAAUCACCUAUCACCCAAACCACUCCUCAUCGCGGAACGUUUUCGGUUCCACAAGAGAGAUCAGAAUGAGGGGGAGGGUGUUAGUACAUAUGUAGCAGUGUUGAAGAAACUGUCUGAACAUUGCCAGUUGGGAGAGAACCUAAAUGACACAUUAAGGGAUAGAUUUGUUUGUGGACUGAAACAUGAACACAUUCAAAAACGUUUGCUCACAGAAUCAGAGCUCACGUUUGCAAAGGCUGUUGAAAUUGCUGUGGCUAUGGAAAUCGCGACUAAAGAUGCAAUUGAGUUGCAAAGUAAAAGAAGUACUGACCUGUCACAAAUUUCCCUGCACAAGUUUUCACGCAGUCGACAGCGCCCCCGUGUGGCCGAAAAAUGCAACAGGUGUGACAGAGAUGGUCACAGAGCAGAGGACUGCCGUUUCAAAGACGAAAUAUGUCACAAAUGCAGUAGAAGGGGGCACAUUCAAAGAGCAUGCAAAGCUAAAUUCAGUCACAACAGGAAAAUUAAAGGGUCUGUGAAUGCACUAGCAGAGAACAGUGGCAGUGAUUCAGAUGAACGAUUAAUUGGUACAAUGGAGUUAAACACAGUGACUUCUCCCAGCAGUAGCAUAAUAUGGGUGACACCAGAUAUCGAAGGCAAACCCCUCAAAAUGGAGCUGGACACAGGAUCUGUAGUGUCUAUAAUUUCCACUACUGUCUACAAUGAGCACUUUAAGGCUAUCAAGCUGAAGAACACAAAUGUGUUGCUGAAGACAUACUCAGGAGAGAGAUUGAGCCCAAUGGGGGCGUUGCAAGUCAGAGUGCAUUAUGGGGGGCAAACACAGCAGUUACAGCUGUAUGUGGUGCCUGGAACUGGCCCCCCAUUAUUUGGCAGGGAAUGGCUUUCAAAAAUAAAGCUGAAUUGGUGUGAUUUGAAAAUGCUCCACACGUUCCAGUCCAAAGAGAAAGGCACAGACCAAACACUGGAACACUUGCGGAAGAAAUACAACACAGUUUUCAGUGAUCAGAUGGGAACAGUAAAAGGCUUCACAGCAAAACUUGUACUAAGAGAUGACGCAAACCCAAAAUUCUGCAAAGCCAGAUCUGUUCCAUACUCCCUGAGACCAAAGGUGGAAGCGGAAAUCGAUCGCUUGCAGGAUACAGGGAUCCUGACGAAAGUGGACAGAAGCGAAUGGGCCACACCCAUAGUUCCUAUUGUGAAGAAAGACGGGUCUGUUAGAAUGUGUGGGGACUUCAAGGUAACUGUGAAUCCAAUGUUGCAUGUGGACCAAUACCCCCUACCACGUCUGGAUGACAUCUUUGCUGCACUAGCUGGUGGGAAACACUUCAGUAAAAUCGAUCUGAAACAGGCUUACCUGCAGCUACCGGUUGAAGAGAGUUCCAAACAGUACCUGACAAUAAACACACAAAAAGGUCUAUACAGGUAUAACCGCCUGGUUUUUGGCAUUGCAUCAGCCCCAGCCAUUUGGCAACGAACUAUUGACCAGAUUUUGCAAGGAAUCCCAGGAACCCAGUGUAUCCUGGAUGACAUGAUCAUAACAGGACGCACCGACAAAGAGCACCUGGCUAACCUGGAAGAGGUCCUGAAAAGACUGAAAGAGUAUGGUCUACAGGCAAACUUAAAGAAGUGUGAGUUCUUCAAAGACAAGAUUGUCUUCUGUGGACAUGAGAUUGACUGCAAUGGAUUGCACGAAACACAGGACAAAAUUGAGGCAGUGGUACAGGCACCACGACCACAAAAUAUCACAGAAGUGAGAUCUUUCACUGGACUGAUCAAUUACUACAGAAGAUUCCUCCCAAACCUUUCAGCAGUACUCCAGCCUCUAAAUCAGCUCCUGGAAAAGAAUAGGACAUGGCGGUGGACAGAGCAGUGUGAAAAUGCAUUUCUGGAGGCAAAACGGCUCAUAACAUCUGAACAGGGCCUGAUGUAUUACGACCCGGAAAUGCCAGUGAAGUUGGCUUGUGAUGCGUCCCCUUAUGGAUUAGGGGCAGUCCUUUCACACACACUGAAAGAUGGGUCAGAGAGGCCAGUUGCAUUUGCGUCACGAACAUUGAAUGAUGCAGAGAAAAACUACUCACAAAUCGACAAAGAAGCACUGGCACUAGUGCGGGGCGUCAAGAAAUUCCACCCAUACCUAUAUGGCAAGCGUUUCACACUGGUUACAGAUCACCAGCCAUUGCUUUCCAUUUUCAGUCCAAAGAAAGGCAUUCCGGCAAUGACAGCAGCCAGGUUACAGCGAUAUGCCCUGUUCCUUGCCAGUCAUAUGUAUGACAUUGAGUUUAAGCCGUCAUCCCUCCACACAAAUGCAGAUGGAUUAUCCAGACUGCCGUGUACAAGAGAAAGACAAAGGAGGGUGGAUGCAGUGGACAUGUUCCAUACCGCUCAGCUUGAGGCCCUACCAGUCACAAGCACAGUUAUCAAACAGGAGACAAGGAAAGAUGUGACCUUGUCAAAAGUGUACACCUACACCAUGUCAGGAUGGCCAGCUACUGGCAGAAAGGAGCUGACUCCGUAUUUCCAGCAGAUAAACGAAAUUACAACGUACCAAGGAUGUUUGAUGUGGGGAAUGAGAGUCAUGAUACCCCAGAAAUGCCAGCAUCUAGUCUUGCAGCAACUACAUGAAGGUCAUGUUGGAAUUGUCAAAAUGAAGCUGCUCGCAAGGAGCCACUUCUGGUGGCCAGGUCUGGACCAACAGAUAGAAAAUAUGGCAAAGAACUGUAGUGGAUGUUUGGAAACCCUUCACAUGCCUGCUCCUGUCCCAGUCCACCCAUGGGAAUGGCCCACAGAGCCAUGGCAGAGAAUUCCUGUGGACUACUCUGGUCCCUUUGAAAAGCACAUGUUUCUGGUUAUAGUUGAUGCCCAUUCCAAAUGGCCAGAGGUGUUUUGCACUGACUCCUCCACCUCAGCUCAGACGAUAGAGUGUCUCAGAACAACGUUUGCACGCUUUGGUUUGCCACUGCAGCUGGUAAGUGACAACGCGCAAGCUUUUGUAAGUGACGAGUUUACAAGAUUCAUGUCAGUAAAUGGAAUCAAACACUCAACCUCAGCUCCGUACCACCCUGCCACCAAUGGGCUGGAAGAGCGCUUUGUGCAAACCCUAAAGCAAGGACUCCGUGCAGCAAAACGAGACGAAUCUAUCUCCUUGAAUCUAUCAAUAGCCUAGGCCUACGUGUGUGGAGACACCUAUUUUAAUGCUACAAUAUCAGGUGGAAAUGAUAGUCCUAAAAAUGCUUUCCACUUUCACUGACUCAAUCAAUGAUGCCAGCUCACUAGCUGGUGAUGGCCUAUAUGCUCGUACCAAAAGCCUUUCUAUCUUGCUCUCUCUCGUUUUGUAUCAAAUAUUUUGGUAGCUUACAGCUAACAGAUUAGACUCUUCUCUUUUCAGCAGGAGCCAUUUGCUUUCCAACCUGUGUUUUCCCGAAUUUGUAGGGUAUUUGAAAUAUUGCGAAAGGCCAAUUUUGUCUGCAUGAUGUUUGUUCACUGACAGAUUGGCCUUGUUCCCGGCAGUAGACAACGACUUGUUAUUGUGCUACACUCCACAGCUAGGCAAUUUUUUAAAUAAGCUGUUUAUCCUCUGUGGCAAAAUUGUAGGCUUUCUCAUGGUAUAGUAGGCUAUUCUGAAUUAUUUCAUUUCUUUCUGAACAGACAGCAGUAACUCUAUAAAUUUUGCAAAUCUGUCUCAAUUUAUCAGGUGUGCUGCAGUUCCUACAGAACACUUCGUGCGGUUAUGAUUCUAUAAGGAAAUAAAUUAUUAAGUGCAGUGCUGGAGAGAUGAGUUGCAGGCUUAUGUCUAUCUGAGCAGAGGGAGAGAGAUCAAAGAAAGUGAAUCUCAUUCUAGU